ACCAUUAGAUUUCACACCCCCCAUUUUCUGAUUUUCAAGUUCCGAAUUAUUUCGAAACCUUAGAUUCCGAAAUUAAUUACUGAUUUGUAAUGCAAAAUACAUGUAACCCCCCACUUUUGAGUGAAAAAAUGCUUCGGAAACCUUAUUUCCGAAAUAUUUCGGAAACUAAAUUUCCGUAAGUGGGGUGACAUUUCUAAUGAGUGGGGUGCCAAAUCUAAUGAUCCUUAUAUGUGCCUCAAAGCCUCAGUUUUCUUGCAUUCCAUAAUUGUUUUUUGCACUCUCUGUUGUUUGUUCCCUUUAUUGGCUUGAUAAACUAUACUGAUAUAGCUCUAUGGAGGUGGCCAAGCUAUUAGCAUUUUUGGCACUUUUUGCCCUUUGUUUGCAUUUCAUCACCAAAAUUCUCAAACUCAGAAACCAUACAAACCUGCACCAUCUUCCUCCUGGAACUUCAGGAUGGCCUAUAGUUGGAGAAACCUUUGAGUUCUUAAGAAAAAGUCUUGAGGGAAGCCCAUCAAGGUUCAUAAAGGAGAGAAUGGACAAACAUGACUCAAGGGUGUUCAAGACAUCAAUGCUUGGAGAACAUAUUGCUGUGUUUUGUGGGCCAGCUGGGCACAAGUUCUUGUUCAGCAAUGAGAACAAGAAUGUCCAAGUUUGGUGGCCAAGCUCAGUGAAGAAGCUCUUAAGGCAAUCUCUGGUUAAUAAGGUUGGUGAUGAAGCCAAGAUGACAAGAAAGUUGCUCUUGAGCUUUCUCAAUGCAGAAACACUCAGAAAUUUCUUGCCUAAAAUGGACAGCAUUGCUCAGCAACAUAUAAAGACUCACUGGGAGGGGAAGGUGGAGGUGCUUGUGUAUCCCAUAAUACAGCUAUACGCAUUUGAAUUGGCAUGUUGCUUAUUUUUAAGCACUGAAGACUCUAGCCAGGUAUCAAAUCUAUCUUCACUAUUUGAUGAAUUUCUGAAAGGGAUCAUUGGAUUCUCCAUUAACUUGCCUGGAACAAGGUUUCAUCGUGCAAUGAAAGCUGCGGGUGCAAUAACCAAAGAGAUCAAAAUGAUGGUUAAGAACAGGAGAGUGGAUUUGGAAGAAAAGAAAGUGUCACCUACCCAAGACCUUUUAUCACAUUUGCUUGUUACAUCUAAAACCAAUGGAAGGUUUUUGUCUGAAAUGGAGAUUAUUGAUAACAUACUACUGCUGCUUUUUGCUGGCCAUGAUACUUCUAGAUCAGUGUUAUCAUCAGUCAUGAAGUAUCUUGGACAGUUACCUGAAGUUUAUGAACAUGUCUUGAAAGAACAACUUGAAAUCAGUCAAGGGAAAGAGGAAGGGGAGUUGUUGCAAUGGGAGGAUGUUCAGAAAAUGAAGUACACUUGGAAUGUUGUGUCUGAAGUUAUGAGGCUGUCACCACCUGUGAGUGGUGCUUACAGAGAAGCCUUAAAGGAUUUCACCUAUGCUGAUUAUGACAUCCCUAAAGGGUGGAAGUUGCAUUGGAGCACUGGUUCAUCACACAAGGAUCCUACACUUUUCUCGAACCCUGAAACUUUUGAUCCUUCAAGGUUUGAAGGAGAAGGGCCUACACCCUAUUCAUAUGUUCCAUUUGGAGGAGGACCUAGAAUGUGUUUGGGGCAAGAGUUUGCUAGGCUAGAGAUACUUGUGUUUAUGCAUAACAUAGUCAAACGUUUCAAGUGGGAUUUAGUGUUUCCUAAUGAGAAGUUCAAAUAUGAUCCCAUGCUGGAACCAGAAAAAGGACUCCCAAUUAAACUUAAGCCUUCACAUUUCUAGCCUAAUAGUAUAAUACCUUCUCCAUACACAUAAUGCAUUGAUUAGAAGCUUUUAAAUUUCAAAGUUGUAAAGACUCUCAUCUUAUUAGGUAUUUGGUUUCUUAUCAUGUACUAUAUAUGCAUAGCUUUGUACUCUGAUAUUAAUUAAUGCAAAACACAAAUUCAAUAUUCU